GGAUAGGAGCAGACAUGUCUUCUCUCGCGCACGGAGCGCUUCCCCUGCUGUUUCUCUGCGUCUCCCUGUUCGGCUGCUGCGUGCGGGCCAAGGUGGAGCUGAACAUGCAUGAGAGUGUGGAGGUGUACCUGGGCGACUCGGCGGAGAUCCCCUGCCAGUACAGCUUCACCGACACCGACAGCAAGCCCAGCUUCGUCAUAAUCCAGUGGUUUGUGAGAGGUGAGCAGAACGCCUCCCGGACGCGGAUCUUCUACGGCGACGGCGGUCAGCAGAUGGUGGACGGAGCCACGGACUACAGCGGCCGCAUCGAGGUGACGUCCGACCAGCGCGGCACCCGGCUGCUGGUCCGGGACGUCCGGCUGUCCGACGAGAGGGAGUUCUUCUGCCAGGUCAACGGGCUGUCCGCCGGGAACUCCGAGGGCAGGACCCACCUCCGGGUGUUCGCCGCUCCGCAGGCGCCGGUGAUCGAGGGCGUCGCCUCAGGGAUAUCGGUGACCAAUGAGAUGCCGUCAAAGGUCGCCUCGUGUGAGGCUCGAAACGGCUUCCCCAAGCCCAACAUCACCUGGUACAGGAACAGCCAGCCGCUGGCGUCGGCGCCGGGACAGGUGAACGUGUUGAUCCUGGUCACCCGAGAGUCCAGCGGGUUCUUCUCCGUCCAGAGCACUCUGGAGUACAGGGUGGCCAAAGAAGACAAAGACGCCCAUUUCUCCUGCGAGGUCAGCUUCUUCGUGCCCCGAGCCAUCAGGACCAUCGAGUCCCACAGCGUCAACGUCACCGUUCACUACCCCACCACCAUGGUGGAGUUGUGGAAGGAGUCCCCCCAGGGUCUGGUCAAAGAGGGGGACAUGGUGGAGCUGCGUUGCCAGGGCGACGGCAGCCCCCCGCCGCCCUUCAUCUUCACCAGAGAACAAGAGCCCAGCGUGACCCUGGAGAGCCGCGGCGACGUCCUGAUCCUGCCGGCGGUGUCCCGGAAAGACAGCGGCAUCUACCAGUGCCGCCCGCUGGACUCGGACGGACAGCCGGACGUGAAGGGAGAAGUGCAGCUGACCGUGCACUACCUGGACCCGGCCGUGGUGGUGCCCCGAGACUCCGAGGUCAUGCAGAAAGGAGAGGAUCUGACCGCCACCUGCAACGCCCUGUCCUCCCUGAAGACGUCCACGGUGUGGCUGAAGGACGGCGAGCAGGUGGGUCAGGGCAACACGCUGCACCUGCACGACGCCUCCUACGACACCAGCGGCGAGUACGAGUGCGAGGUGAGCGUGCCGUCGCUGCCCGCCCUGCGCACCAGCGGCGCCGUCCACAUCAUCGUCCAGGGGGGGCCGCAGCUGGUGGGCCCCGAGGACGAGGUGCAGCUGGAGGAGGCCACCGGCAGGAUGGUCAACCUGAGCUGCGAGGCUCUGGGCCAUCCCCUGCCCAGCAUCUCCUGGAACAUCGUGGGCAGCCAGAACUGGUACGAGGUGGUGAGCAGGGCCAGCGAGCGCAUGGCUCACAGCGUGGUGUCGGUCAGGGUGACGGCGGACGUCAGCGCGCUCUGCAACGCCUCCAACAGCAUGGGCGCCGAAGUCAAGGCCUUCAGCAUCAAAGCCAUUCCCAGAGUCACCACUCCCGCUCCCUUCUCUCCUGCUGAGGGCAGUGGGGUGAUCAUCGUGGUCAUCAUCCUGUGCCUGCUGCUGCUCGCCUUCCUCGGCAGCGUCGUCUACUUCCUGCACAAGAAGGGAAAGAUCCCCUGCGGACGCUCCGGGAAGCAGGAGAUCAGCACCAAAGAGAAGAGCGCCAAAGACGACAUCGUGGUGGAGAUGAAGAGCGGCGGCCAGAAGGAGGAGGCCGUGCUGCUGAAGGCCGUCAACGGAGACCAGAAGGCCUCCAGCGACCAGUGAAGAAGCCCACCCUCCUCUUCCUCCUCUCCUCCAGCAGGACGCAUGAAGCCAGCAGUCAGCUCACUGAUCUGAGAGCUGCAGGGGGUCCUGGACUCCCCCAGCAGUAUUCACCAGUUUAAACACACACACACACACACACACACACACACACACACUGUACAGACGUGUAUCUCGCAUUGAGUGAAUGUUCCUCUUGGUUUUGUUCCCGUCGGUCAGCGAGGCACGGCGGCCCUCAUUCCUUCUUUUGGUUUUUUUUUUCCAAAUGAAAGUGUAAAUAUUAUAUAUAUUUUGUUAUUUAAGAUAUUCUGGCACUCAGAUGUUCGUUUGGUGGUGACCGGUGUUCAGGACGGGAAGAGGCUCGGUGUGAACGCCGUCUCCGCCUCCUGCCACCUGCUGUGUGGCUCGGUGCCGGUCCCGACCGGUCCCGACCGGUCCCGACCGGUCCCGACCGGUCCCGACCGGUCCCGAACCGGCUCGGCGUUCUGCUGUGCCCGUUUGUUUUCUGUGAGAAUGCAUCAUACACUGAAUUUGAUUUUACUGGUUUUUUUGCUGUUUUCUGUUUCUACUGUUCCUCCUGAAGCGUCCCAGUGUUUCCACUCGUUAGAACAAAAAGACUUGUUCAUGUUUGAGGUUCUUUCUAUUUUUAAAAAUAAAUGCAGCGAGGACUUCAACUUCCAAAACACCUAAGAAAAGAAGAAGGCUUCAUCCUUAUAUUCUCAUCAACAGCUACAUUAGACAAAAAAAUUACACAUUCAGAAAUUCCAAAUGUUUUUUUUUUCCUUUUCUUUGUUGUAAAUAAAAGUUUCCCAUGUCUUAAAAUGUUUUUGAGAGAAACCUUCAGGGUGAAAGUCUUAAUCUGUUUUGGGACUGAAGUCUUUGUGAGACGCCUGAAACAUUUAAUAUUGUAUCGUCAGCGUAUCACUGCUUUUCCACAACCUGCGCCUCAGUUUUACUGCAUUUCCACUGAUUCUGUCCAGCUCCUCGCUGCCGUUUCUUCAGACCGAUCAGGCCAAAGGGACACUGGGACGCUGCGUUCAGGGCCACUCUGUGAAUAUUGUUGACUGCGACGUUGCCCCGAUGACUUGCAGCGUGAACGUGGCAGCCAGUGGUUUGGUUUUUCCUUCCUCAGGAGUACUGUUGAGGUUUUGAGGUCAGGUCGGACUCCGUCAUGAACCUGCUCCAUGCUGGGCGCCAUUUUCCUCCCAGACUGUGAGAAGGCGGCUCCAAACACUGCUGUUACGUUCGGUUCUUUUCUAAAUGUGUGUAAAUUAAGUCCUGUACAUGUGAUUCUUGAAUGCUUGCAUUUUUUUUUUUUAUAUAUUUUUUGCAAGAAAAUAAUGCCAAAUAAAAAAAGAGAAAAAAAAAAGUUU